GCACACAACACAGACACAGAAACUUACUUUGAACUUAUGCCAACAAGACUGCGUGUUAACAACUGUCACAAAAAUACCAUAUAAUAUAUCCCGGGCCCUCGAAGCGUACCGUAUUUCCACUGUGUCAUCUGAUUUUCUGCGACUCAUAACCAAGAUAUAAAAAAAUUAAGCAUGAGCUAUUUACCAAUAGGAAAAGACGAUGGCAACCACAACGUGGUGGGAAACCCCGACAUGGAGCUCCGGGAGCAAGACCGCUGGCUCCCCAUCGCAAAUGUUGCACGGCUCAUGAAACUGACGUUACCCAUGACGGCAAAGGUAAGCAAGGAUGCUAAAGAAUGCAUGCAAGAAUGUGUCUCGGAGUUCAUAUCCUUUAUUACCAGCGAAGCUAGUGAUAAGUGUCUCCGUGAAAAAAGAAAGACCAUCAACGGCGAGGACGUGUUAUACUCGCUUCAUGAUUUGGGGUUUGAAAACUACGCAGAAGUGUUGAAAAUCUACUUGGCAAAAUACCGUGAGCAGCAGGCGUUGAAACAGGAGCGGGGAGAGGUCCGGGUGUCCAAGAAGCUGGCCAAAAAACGCAAAGCGGCUGAAGAAACGCCGGAUUCUGAUGGAAAUAUGGACGAAAGCAGCGCUCCUCUCGAUCUGCUAGCGUACUCAGAGUCCUCUGCAAAGGCACUCCACUCGCCCGACUACUUUCAACCUUAUGAGCUGGAAGUGAGUGGAAUUCCAGCGCCAAGUUACAACACGGUGGAUAUUAAGCACGAUAUCGACUUGCACCAUGAUGUGGCCAUAGAAGACAAGCACGCUGAAGAGCCAUACCAAUAUGAGGGGUUUAUUCCGGGCCAGAAUGACGCUAUAGCAAAGGAUCCCCAUGAAAAUGGCCUGAAACCCGAGGGCAUUGAGACUAUUUCAAGGCUCGCGGGCCAGGACUCGGAUAUGGAACAUUUGGACGACGAGAUCCCUCAAAGAGCGUAUUACUAGACUUGGAGGGUUUUUGUUUUGUCUAUGUAUAGUAGGCAACACACUCUAUUUGAAUAGAUACAUUAGCUCGUUUGCAGGUUCUUGAAUCACUUUGCGUGAAGACACAAGUAUCGCUCUCUCGGCAACUUUAAUCGGAAUGCUCCUCUUUUAUGCGAGUGUGAGUACUACAACUUGGUCAUGAAGUGCUCAAUGAGCGAUGGCAUUUUCUAAAGCUUCAUGCUACUACAUGAGAUGAAACCUCAUCUUAGCUCGUAUUUACGUGCACUUGUACUAUUUGCGCUGACGACUUUCUCUUCAGACAGAAAUAGCAGCUUUUUCUGCAACGUCAAAAAAGCACGCACGCACGGAUCUUGGAUCCAUCCGUAAUUAGGAUAUAGACAUAUAUAAUGGGAAACCAGUU